GGACAAUAUAUAUCGUUUUAGAAAUACCACAACCCGAAUAAUGCCAACCAAAGACACAUUUCUCAGUGCGAAAGCCAGCAUUUCCCAGCGUCUGGCCCGCCUGCUCCCUCUGCACUCUGCGGCGUGGAAUGUGACGCAGCGCGCAAUGAGCGAGAUGGUGAAUACCUCCGACCCAGAACAACAAGCGCAGCUUAUCAAAGCGUGGAGGGACUCGACGAUAUCGCAGCUAUCUCAAGUUGGAAUCAUAGGCGCCAUAAUGACAGCCGCCGUGGUCGGUUCAUUCACAUGGGACGCGUUAUCAACGAUCGCUAUAAUCCCCAUGACGAUGAUCCGCAUCGCGUGGUAUAACAGCCUUGUCCUCGCCGUGACCGCUGUUACACUCGGGAUGCAGCAGAGCGUGUUUCUUAUCCGCGUGGGGAGUACCUCAGACUCGGACGCUAUCAUCACAAACAUGCUUAGUUCCCCCUCCCCGGGAGGCAGCGGACUGCGCAUCCCGCGUUGGAGCCAAAUGUUUAUCUGGCAGGCGGCCGUGGGUCUAUUAGAAUGGAGCAUCUACUUCUGGAUGGGCGGGUAUCUGGUCUUUAUUUGGGACCUUACCCGUGUAUCCCGAGAGGGGCAGACAGUUGCGGAUCAGGUGGUUGCGGGAUGUUGCUUUGGCACGUUUGGCAUUUUGUUUUUUGUGUAUUUGUUGAGUAUCUCCAGGCUGUGGUAUAGUGUAUCUGUGCACGACUCCCGCUGGGUACCAUAG